AUGGUGAAGAUACUUAAGGCAUAUGAUAUUCCACCAAGAAUUCUGAGAGCGAUAAGUAAGCUAUAUGAGGACACCGGAGCGAAAGUGAUCACUCUUGAUGGAGAGACGGAAAACUUUGAAAUCAAAGACAACGCGCUAGCACCUUAUCUCUUCGCCGUCGUUCGUGACUAUGCAAUGUGUAGAACGUGUGUAGGCAAGGAAGAACUGAGAUUCAAACUGCUUAUGCAAAGAAGUAGACAGCACCAAGCAGUAACAGUAACUGACCUAGACUAUGCUGAUGACUUGGCAUUACUAACAGAGAGGACAGAUCAGGCACAAGAGGUGCUGAGCAGAUUAGAGCAGGAAUCGGGGAAGGUAGGAUUGUACUGUAAUGCAAACGAAACAGAGCUGCAAGUAUUCAACCACGAAAUGCCUGCGUCAGUGAAAGUGAGAGACGGUAAGUCACUGAAGGUAGUUGAAAAUUUCAAAUACCUUGGUGCGUGGACACAAAGUACAGAAAAUGACAUCGUAGCAAGGGAAGCUCUUGCCUGGAGCGCAUGCCAUAAAUCGAGAAAGGUAUGGAGUUCAAAGUUAGCAAGGAAAUUGAAAGUGAGGCUGUUUCUGGCAACAGUGGAGUCUGUUCUUCUAUAA